CAGAGAUGGAUUUUCCGGACAACUUCACCAACUCCUCCAUCGACACCCCUACCCCUCCGGAGUCCAACCUCAGCAUGGGCACGGAAGACUCGCCCCCGAGCCAGCCCGCCCGCUCAAUCUGGAACGUGCUGGCCCUUACCUUCCUGGGCUGCCUAGUGGCAGCCACGUUCGCCUGGAACCUGCUGGUGCUGGCGACCAUUGCCCGGGUGCGCACGUUCCACCGCGUGCCGCACAACCUGGUGGCGUCCCUGGCCAUCUCAGACGUGCUGGUGGCCGCGCUGGUGAUGCCGCUGAGCCUGGUGCACGAGCUGGCCGGCCGGCACUGGCACCUAGGUGAGCGGCUGUGCCAGGUCUGGGUGGCGUGUGACGUGCUCUGCUGCACCGCCAGCAUCUGGAACGUCACGGCCAUCGCGCUGGACCGCUAUUGGUCCAUCACGCGCCACCUCGACUAUACGCUGCGCGUGCGCAGGCGCGUCUGCGCCGCCCUGCUCGUGGUGACGUGGGUGGUCUCCGCCGUCAUCUCGCUGGCGCCGCUGGCCUUCGGCUGGGGGGAGCUGUACUCCGAGAGUGAGCAGGUGUGCCAGGUGAGCCGGGAGCUCUCCUACACCCUGUUCUCCACCGUGAGUGCCUUCUUCCUGCCGCUCUCCGUGGUGCUCUUCGUCUAUUGCCGCAUCUACCGGGCCGCCAAGUGCCGCGCUGCCUUCCGCAAGAACAACUGCGUGCGUCCCACGGCGGAAGCCGGCAAGAAGGAGGAGAAGGAAGGAGAGAAGGAAGGCGAGGGCAAGGAAGGCGAGGGCAAGGAAGGCGAGGGCAAGGAAGGCGAGAAGAAGGAAGGCGAGGAGGGGAAGAAGCAUGGACGUGAGAACGAGACCCCAAACUGCUGCCUCCGCUUCCUGCUCCGACUGCGGGUUGGGCCUGCGGCUCAGAAGGCGGAGUACUCGGCCAGCGACAACAGGGUCACCCUGCACACGGACGCCGACGCGCUGAGGGAGCACCGGGAGCAGAGGGCCGCCGUGAUGGUGGGCGUCCUGAUCGGGGUCUUCGCCGUGUGCUGGCUGCCCUUCUUCACCACGGAGCUCGUCAGCCCCCUCUGCGACUGCGACCUGCCGGACGUCUGGAAGAGCCUCUUCCUGUGGCUGGGCUACUCCAACUCCUUCUUCAACCCGUUCAUCUACACGGCCUUCAACAAGACCUACAAGAGCGCCUUCAAGAACCUGUUUUGCCGCCAGUCCUAAGGGCCCGGCCCCGGGGGGGAUGAGAGAGUUCCUCCUGCCACCCCGUAGAAUCUCCGUGGUCGUCUGUGCCCCCACCCCGGUGUGAAGACACCUGUCCCCCGAGUCCCGCCCGCAGUGCCCUCCCGCCAGCCGUUGAGGAAGGCAGGCCUCCUCGGCCGGGUCGGGAGGGACUCGCUUUAGCUAACCCCUCCGCUGCUUCUCUCUCUGCACCCAUCAGCUACUGCCCUGGCUCCCCAAGGGCCUUUUCCUGGCCCCCAGCCUGGCACGGUGGUCACCCUCGUCCCCGAAGAGUCAGACGAGGCAGGUAAGAGGGAGGGAGUCCGACAGAGCCAGGAGGGCGGAGAACGAAUCCGCACAGCGACUGGGAAGUUAGGUGGGGACCUCUGGGGGGUCAGGAAGCCAUCACCCCGAGUGUUUGUGGAGCAAUCCCCGUCGCCCCGCCUUCCUCCUUCCCACCGCCCUGGUCCAGUGCGCCGUGAUAUUUACUGUGCGUGUCCUCUGUAUUUGACCACCGAGUGUCGUGUCUGUGAACUCCUCGGCGCCCGCAGCGGCAUCUGUAAGACCAGUGGGUGUUGACCCGCAGCUGUGUGCGGGGCGCAUGCGCCGCCCCCUCCCCCCCACGCGCGCAGCUGCGCCCGAGCGAGAAGGCUCCCCCCUCGGCGAGUUGAUCCGGAAAGGCGUCCCAGCGACGCGGGACGGGAACUCCAGGUCAGAUCAGAUCCCCCCUCCCCUUUGGAAGCAGCCACGCACGAACUGUGGAGACGUCCACUGCUGAGGGACAGGCCCCGCGGCGCUCGCUUCUCGGCUCCCGUCCUCCGCCCCGGACCCCCUCCGGCGUCACCGGAGCGCCACCUUCACCCUGGAACCAUAGGUUCAGAGGAAAACAACUGCGCGUGGUUGUUGACUCCUUGACAAAGGGCUACGAUGGCAUAUUCACCGAAUGCGUGCUCUUUAAGGGGAAUAGCAGAAUACUUUGAAAAGUGCUAUUUUUUUAUUGAUGAGUGCCUGUUUGAGGUCCACACCGGCCCCCGAGGUGAAAGGUGGAGAGUGGGGGGGGCGCCCCGUAGGGGCUCCGCCCCGCCCAAGUGGACACCUCGGCCCGGCCGGUGGGGCUAGCCCACUAGGUAAGGAAGCCGUGUUUACAUGAUGACGUGGAACCCAGGUCAUUGUACAUAACCGCACCGGAAACUGCCUCUGCUCUGCUAUGCCCCUGUUUUCUUGAAUGCAUGCACUUAAAAAAACUAGAUGUUGUGACAACUCUGCGAUCGUGAUACUGCAUCAUAUCACGUGUGUUUUUGUAUGUAGUAGAUCGUAUCAAUAAAGAUU